AUGCCACUGGCGCCGGCUUCGCAGUCUCCCAGAAGGAAACGCAUUCGCAAGUACUUGUCUGCUUCCGCGGCUACAGGUGCAAGAUACACGGCGAAGCUGAACUCUCACUCGGCAACGUCUUCUGCGAUUCGUCCGCGUCGAAGGCGGUCGUCAACGUCCAGUCGCGGCUUCCCUUUCUCACCUGAGCGGACCAGCGACGACUCUGGCGUCGAAGACCUACACUCGUACCAUGCAUCAGACAAUGACCAUCCACUUCGCGAACAUGGCUCCGAUGUUGACAGAGGAAGAACGCCUCUAGCGUAUGCUUCAUUACCUCCUACGCCCAUAACCUCGUCUCCGCCGCUACAGGCAUCCCCUCCACCCUUCUCUUCGUCUAUGUCAUCCUUUCCUUCCGCGGAGCUCUACCACGACCCUCCAUUCUCAAUAUGGGAUUACCUGCGCGAGGAGCUGCUCGCUACAGACUUCGACUCACACCAGGAGCUGAAGUGGGAACGGGUAAGCAACUUCCUGAACAUGCCACUUGCUCUAGAGAAGGUAUUCUUCUUUGGAUUUGUCGUCUGCUUUGAUUCCUUCCUAUACACCUUCACCAUCCUACCGAUCCGGUUCGCUCUAGCUCUGUGGCGGCUCAUACUCAACACAGUCACUCGGUCAGAGAAGCCGCUGCCUCCGUCCCAGAAAGCAGAUAUCCUGCGCACGCUCCUACUUGUCGUCUCCAUCAUUGUUCUUGCGCCUCUCACCGAUGCUAGCAAGAUCUAUCAUUCCAUCCGCGGACAGGACACCAUCAAACUGUAUGUCAUCUUCAAUGCACUCGAAAUUGCGGACCGGCUGUGUGCUUCAAUAGGGCAAGACAUCCUGGACUGUCUAUUCUCGCGCUCAACGCUAGAAGUCAUUUCACACCACAAGAAACCGACGUCGUACAUAUUCAGGCCUGUGGUCUUCUUUGCACUCGCGCUGAUCUACAAUGUCGCGCACACCCUGGUCAUGAUCUACCAGAUGAUUUCGUUGAAUGUCGCAGUGAACUCCUUCGACCACGCACUUCUUACCCUCCUAGUCUCCAACCAGUUCGUCGAGAUUAAGGGAAGCGUAUUCAAGAAGUUUGAGAAAGACAACCUCUUCCAGAUUACCUGUGCGGACAUCGUCGAACGCUUCACGCUUGCGCUGAUGCUGCUCAUCGUGGCAUUCCGGAAUCUCAUUGAGCUCAGCGGGUCGUCCUUCAACUUCAGCGAGGGCUUUGCGCUGCCGAAGAGCUUCGGCUGGUUCCGGGGGAACAACGCUCUGUGGACGAUCUCGUAUCCUGUGCUGACGGUGAUGGCCUCGGAGAUGAUCGUAGAUUGGCUCAAGCACGCGUUCAUCACCAAGUUCAACCACAUCCGUCCCUCCGUGUACGAGCGCUACACGGACGUGCUGUGCCGAGAUUUGGCCAGCGGGAGCGCUGUAGGCAGGAGGGGAGCGCGCAAGCAUACAUACGUCGACCAAUCACCUCUAGUCGCGCGUCGUCUAGGUUUCGCGUCGGUGCCGCUCGCCGUCCUCGCCGUCCUCAUCGGCACACAGUCAAUCAACCUCCUGAUCUCUAUGCACGCGGACAGCGACGUCCCUUGGAUCUGGAACCGCUCGUACGAAGACAUCUCGAAUGACGAGUGGAUCAAUGCUGCUAAAUGGACUGCCCUGGCCGCUCUGCUUUGGUUCUGCUUCGUCGUCAUCAAGAUUAUAAUGGGCGUGCAUCUCCUCAGCUACGCCACCCGGCGGCGGGCAGGCAUGGAGGCGCGCGAGGCGGCGGACGUCGUGAACGACUUCGGGCGCGACCCGAUCGGCGAGGGCAAGGAGGAGCAGACGUACAACAAGGAGCUCAAGACUAUCUUGGACGACACCCGCGACGAUGCUACGGCCGUGCCUGAUAUCGGGGAACGCAGGCCGGGGCAGGAUGCGGGGAAGAACGGGGGCAAGAGGAAGCGGCUGCCACUGGAGGAGAUCACGCGGUUUACGAUGGUGAAGCGAAUUUGGUGA